AUGCCAAUCCCUGUCACUCGUUGUCAUGCCAAACACAUUUUUUGCUCCUCGGGCUCGCGCGUGGAGGGCCUUCUGGGCUAUACUUCAGCCUUGUCUCAGGAUCAAACCCUGGGCCUCAGUUCCAACAGCCCCAACAGUUCUAACGCUGGGCCUCAGUUCCCACAGUUCCUACCCUGGCUCUCAGGUCCAGCCCCGGGACACAGCUCCAGCCCCGGACUCAGCUCCAGCCCCGGGGACUCCCAUCUCCAGCCCCGGGACUCAGCUCCAGCCCAGGACUCCAGCCUCCCAGCCCAGGACUCAGCCCAGCCCAGGGACUCAGCCCAACCCCAAGACUCAGCUCCUGCCCCAGGACUCAGCUCCAGCCCCAGGACUCAGCUCCAGCCCCAGGACUCAGCUCCAGCCCCAGGACUCAGCUUCAGCCAAGGGACUGGGCCUAACCCUGGUCCUAAGCUCCAAUCCCGGUCCCAGCUCCAACCCCGGGACUCAGCUCCAAGCCCGGGACUCAGCUACAACCCCGGGCCUCAGUUCCCACAGUUCCAACCCUGGGCCUCAGCUCCAACCCCAAGACUCAGCUCCUGCCCCAGGACUCAGCUCCAGCCCCAGGACUCAGCUCCAGCCCCAGGACUCAGCUCCAGCCCCAGGACUCAGCUCCAGCCCCAGGACUCAGCUCCAGCCAAGGGACUGGGCCUAACCCUGGUCCUAAGCUCCAAUCCCGGUCCCAGCUCCAACCCCAGGACUCAGCUCCAACCCCGGGACUCAGCUCCAAACCCGGGACUCAGCUACAACCCCGGGCCUCAGUUCCCACAGUUCCAACCCUGGGCCUCAGCUCCAACCCUGGGACCUCAGUUCCAACCCUGGGCCUCAGUUCCAACUCCUUGGCCUCAGCUCCAACCCCCGGCCUCAGUCCCAACCCCAGUUCUCAGUUCCAAAAGUCCCAAACUCCGGGCCUCAGUUCAAACCCUGGGCCUCAUAUUCAACCCCGGGGACUCAGUUCCAAACCCGAGCCUCAAUUUUAACCUGGGACUCAGUUCCUACAGUUCCAACCCUGGGCCUCAGUUCCAAUCCCGGUCCCAGUUUCAACCCUGGGCCUCAGUCCGAACUCCGGGCCUCAGUUCCAACUCUGGGCCUCAGCUCCAACCCCGGGCCUCGGUUCCCACAGUUCCAACCCUAUGCCUCAGCUCCAAGCCUGGCUCCAUCAGCUCCAACCCCAGGACUCAGCUCCAACCCCGGGACUCAGCUCCAAGCCCGCGGCUCAGCUACAACCCCGGGCCUCAGUUCCCACAGUUCCAACCCUGGGCCUCAACUCCAACCCUGGGCCUCAGUUCCAACCCUGGGCCUCAGUUCCAACCCUGGGCCUCAGCUCCAACCCCGGGCCUCAGUCCCAACCCCAGUUCUCAGUUCCAAAAGUUCCAAACCCGAGCCUUAAUUUUAACCUUGGGCCUCAGUUCAGUUCCAACCCUUGGCCUCAGUUCCAAUCCCGGUCCCAGUUUCAACCCUGGGCCUCAGUUCAAUCCCAGUCCCAGUUUCAACCCUGGGCCUCAGUCCGAACUCCGGGCCUCAGCUCCAACUCCUGGGCCUCAGUUCCCCACAGUUACAACCCUGGGCCUCAGUUCCAACCUGGGCCUCAAUUCUAACUCCUGGGCCUCAGUUCCAACCCUGGGCCUCAGUUCCAACCCCGGGUCUCAGUUCCCACACUCUCCCUCAGGGCUCUGUUACUCCUCCCCAAAGUGUUACCUCACACUCAGAGAACUGGACAGCCCUGUGACCUCCAAAGAACUGAACAGCCCUUUGACCUCUGAAGAACUGAACAGCCCUUUGACCUCUGAAGAACUGGACAGCCCUGUGACCUCUAAAGAAAUGGACAGCCCUGCAGCCAAGGAUCAGACCCAGGACCUGAUAGUGAAGACCAACAAGCUGCAGGGAGAGAAGUGA